AUGGUGGGUCAAAGAGUUUUAGCAGUAGGAUUUGUAAGAAAAUACAAAUUCAGGAGGACAGCCCGAGCACGGCCACCGGCGGCGCGGGGAGCCUCGGCGCAGGCUGCACGUCGGGGAGCAGGCCUCCCGCAGCGCCCCGCUCCCCGCCAAGCCCCUGCAGGCGCGCAGCCCCACCGAUCUGGGCUCGAGGGCGCCCGGACGGACGGCGCUAGGCCCAGGGCAAGUGCGGCCUCGGCCGCGGGAGCCGCACAGACCCGCCGCCCGCCGCCGCAGCGCGCCCUGGCUCCGCCUCUGCUUUACACAGACCCAGGACGUCCGCCUCGAAGGUUAGGAACCGAGGGCCCAGCACCCCUGGCUGGAGCGGCGCGGGCCGGCGGCCGCACUCAGCCCCGAGCGGGUGCUUGCAAAAAAGACACUGUUGAAAACACACUUUUGAAAGCUGAGCCUAACUGCAGGUUGCGGGGAAGACCGCGUCCUCGCCUGACCCCUACCCUCGCGGAGAGGAGAAGGCAACUCGAAAUCGAACCCGGGGCGCGAACUUUGGUUCCCACAGGCCCUCCCAAACCCAAACUCGGAUUCCCUUGGAACAGCAGCAGCUUCUCAGACGCGGCGACAGGGUCCCUUCACCAGACACCCAAGACACUGAAAGCGAGCAGAAAUGAUCAUGCUUGAAAGGGGAAAGCACACUGCCUCCGAGAGGAGCGCGGAGCUGCAAAUUUACCUCACGCUGACUCAGUCCACACAGCAGAUGGUGGAGAUGGUGGCAGAGCUGCAAGGGAAACGACCUCCCCAAUUUUUUAAAGUA